UCAGUAGCGGAAGGACGUGAUUGUCGUUUUUGCAUUCGUCGCCGCAACCGCCCGUCGUCGCGAGUUAGUUAAUUGUGACAACACGACAACGAUAUCGGUUCGUAGUGCUUUUUUACCGCGAGUUUCGCUUCGACACUACCCCGCACCCUCAUCAUACUCCGCAACCCUACCAAUAUAGUAACUCCCAUCAGUUGACCAGUUCGGGGGUGUGAGUGAGUUUAGUGAACAUUUUAAAUGACUACCUUCGGAAAAGGUCCAGUGGACUGCCGAGUAGUGACUAGCAUUAGAUUUAGUUGCAGUACACACGCGAGCUAGUGAUAUACCCCCGAGUCCAGUGGAAAGUGUGAGACCAGUUUAGCGAAUGAGAGUGUGAUCUUUGACUAAGUGAUUGUGGUACAGAAUUAGUCGAGCUUAUUAGUGCUACAGUUUUUAAGAAAAUUCUUACAUUUUUCCGUCUUUUUUCAAACUUAAAAUAAGUUCUAAAAUAGCCGCGAGAUUUUCAUAACCGAUAGUAUAGUUGCAAAUAAUAGUGACGUUUUACUAAUUGUUAACCAAUGUUGAUGACACUGUGUAAGAUUGUUCAAUUCUAUUGUUAGCAGAAGUGGGGGCGUAUUUUGCUGAUUUGUGCCAUGGAUAAUCCCAGCUAUGGAACAUCUCAUAUGUCGUCGCCCGCACUAGUAGUAUUUUCCCAGGCCGCAAACGGAUUAAGUGACGCACUGCGAAUACAGCGGCCAUUCCAAACACAACUUCCGGACGCCAAAGAUCUGCACCACCUUUCACUAAUGAGUGGCUACGGAGCCCAUCUGCUGCAUGGUUUCCAGCCCCACUUCCUCCACCCGCUGAAUCCGGCUGUAUCAACGGCCAGUGGGACCAGUCCGUUCGGCGGUGGAGGAGCCUUCGUGAAGCCGUUUCCUUCGAACCUGCCACUCCCGUCUGCCUUCACGCCACCGAAAUGUCUCGGAUUCGGAAUCGACCAAAAUAUCUUUUCGAAGGGACUCCUGUUCGGCGGUAGCAGUGGUUCGGAGUCCUUCCGGACGUCCGAUUCAUCGAGUCCAGCGUGUACUUCCCUAUCGCCACCAGCGAAAGACGAAUCGAUGGAGGGACACACCAGCGAAGAAGGAGAUCGGGAUCGAAUAUGCAGCCCGGAACGAAGUCCGGAGACACCUGGCUUCAGACUGGCGGCAUACCGUUUCUAUGAAAGCUUCACUAAACAAGGAAUCGGUCCACCGAAAAAAAGCUUUGUUGGAACACCACCUCCUAACUCCUGUCCGAUCUGCGGUAUCCAGCUUGCACCAAGUGACCUAGAGACCCAUUUUUCCGCCGAGCUUACCCGACUUAGUAAGAUGAGUUCAGCUGCCGAACGGCUGGAGCUUCGGCGAACGCUAGGCGUUGAUAUGCACGCGAUGCAAAGUACCCUUCAGGGUCGAACCAGUCGCUGGGAGACGUUCAAAAAUAUACGCAACAAGCGUCAGGAUCGCCUCCGGGGCAAACUGCGAAAACGAAAAUUCGAUGGUGAAGAUGGAUUCGGCAUCCAACUGGCGAAUGUUAACUGCCAAUCUUGCCCGGUGUGUCAUGGAAGGCUACAACGAACCCAGGAGGAAAUUGCUCAGCAUAUCGAGGACUGCGUGAGAAAGCAGCAGCAUCACCACCAACAGCAACAACAACAACAACAACAGCAGCAGCAAAGCAGUCAACCUUCCACUCAGGAUGAAGAUGAGACUGUGGAUGUUGAAAGCUAUGGAGACGAGACCUCCAAUGGCGCAAUCAAUAUGACGUCAAAUGUGAUUCACCACACAAAUAGUAGUCUACAUAAUAACAAUAACAACAACAACACACCACUAAAACCGGAACCAAUGACAAAAAUUCCACCUAUGGAAGAAAGUGCCAUCACUUCGCUUAGUUCGAUUGUCCCGCACUGGGACAGAAAAACUACACGACUCAACCUGCCGCUAAACUGCACAGCCACUUCCGAUAACUCCAUAACACGAGUGACUCCUACCAGCAGCGAUCAGCGUAUCGAUGUCGAUUACGAACAGGAUCACGACCACAGUCAGGAUAUGGUAACCGAUAACGACGAAGAAGUAAUUGUGGAUAACACGGACGACGAUGACUGUCUCAAACGACACCGACCCACGCUGACUACGUUAGGAGGACAUCUUGGCAACGGGGGGCUCAACAGCAAUAUGCUUCGAGACGAUAAAAAUAGCACUGAAGAGGCAACCUCGUCAGUGGAAAUUGAUUCCGCGACGGAUUCGAUGUCCAUUCGAACGGCUGGAAAUACACCCAACUCGGACUCGUACGUCAGUACUUCGGAACCAACAGAACCUUCUUCAAAGGCUCAAGUAUUGGAAGAGCUAAAAGCACGGAUACGAGAGCUGGAAGGAUCACCGCACUACAAAUGUUUCAUAUGUAAGGAAAAAUGUAAGACGUUGAUUAUAUCAAAAAUUUGCGGACACUACUUGUGCGAGGAGUGCUGGAUAACAGAAUCGGAAUCCUCCAAGUCCUGCCCACGCUGUAGAAUCGUUACCGCAAAUACUGACUUUAGAAAAAUUCACGCGUAGAUCUGGAUCGUAAAAUAGAUAUUUAUUUCAAUAUUCACCUAUUUAUUUUCAACAUUUGUAGAAACUUGUCAGUAAGUAAGCAUUUUAUGCGAUAUUCAAAAAAUAAAGUUUCGAUUUCGAACUUCAAAGCUACUCUUUGAACUAUUUGCUAGUUGCAUUGAAACAAGCAAAGUAAAUUCAAUAACAAUGUGCAAUAAAUGUCAACUUUUGUUCAAUUUUGAAAACUUGUCACUGAAAAUUAAAAGAUAUUCAGCAUGAUUGUUAAACGUAAGAAAAUCAUCCCCAGUGAUAGAAACCAGCUGAAAUGUGCGAUGAGGUGGAAAACAAUAUCAAUCUUUCUGAAAGCGAACAAAUAACUUAUGUAAAAGAUUAAUUGUUAUAUCAAUAUACAUUAAUAGAAAAUAAUCGAAAUAAGCUUCUAGCUGAAAUACAACAACUAAAUUUAACCUGUUAUGUAAAUAGCCAGGACUAUAGAAUAAGAUAAAUUAUUGAGAAUAGUAUAAUGAAACUCUUUUCACACUUCCUCUAUUUUCACAUAGCGACAGGCUUUCAACAGAAUCUACUGCUCUUGAUACGGAUAAGGUGGAUGAAAAAAAAUAUUACGAAAACAAAUCUCAAUCUGUUUUUAUGCCAAUUUCUCAUAGCCGCAAUGUCAAUAUUUCUCAAAGAAAGGUAAAUAAAAUAUGUGAUGA